CGUUAUUUGCAGAGCUGCCCUGUGAAUAGCCUUCAGACAAUCCGUUUUGCACCCAGACUCCAAUAAAGAAAAAGACAAGAAAGGUCGGAUUUUCACCAGUCUACGAUCUCAUCUGCUUGGUUAUUUCGCCAUUCCGUGUAAAUUUUGGACAGCAAAAAUGGGAGAAAAAAUAAUAAUGUGGUUAAUUUUUGUGGUUGUAAUAUUUAGUUUUGUACUACCAUGUGUUUCAUCUGACUUUACUGAUCCUUACUCUGUUAUUGGUGUGAGUAGAACGGCCAGUCAGAGGGAAAUCAAAAAGGCUUACAAGAAUCUCGCUCGACAGUGGCAUCCUGACAAGAACAGGGAGGAAGGGGCUGAGGAGAGAUUUAUUCAGAUUCAGCAGGCAUACGAGAUUUUGUCGAACGAGGAAAAGAGGGCAGAGUAUGACCUAUACGGCCACGUGGACACCGGCAAUCGGCCCCACCGCCAUCAUCACCGGCACGACCCCUUCGCUGGCUUCCACUUUGGCCAGGACGGCUUCCAGUUUCGCUUCACCAACCAGGGCUCGUCGGCUGGCUCAGACUCCCGCCGGGUCACGCUGGACAGGUUUGAGCGCGGCAUCCUGCCGGAGAGCCAGCGUAAGCCCUUCCUGCUGUUUGUGACGGGAGACUGGUGCUUCAGCUGUGUGCGGGUGGAGGAGGUGUGGAGGGACGCCGUACUUGAGCUGGAGAAACUUGGCAUUGGUAUGGGGACGGUGUAUGGGGACUAUAGCCGACCAUUGCUGAGAAAGCUAGGGGUGUACCAGUGGCCCUCCAUAGUGGGCGUCAUUGAGGGCAAGGUCGUCAUCUUUGACAGGAAACAAGUCAAUGUUGAGAAGUUGAAGCAGUUUGUGCAAGAGCUCCUUCAGGCUCAUGUGAUCUUGAAGGUCACAGAUGCAAACCAGGAGAUGUUUUUCUCCGGUUGGCAUAACGACAACCGGCCUCGCUCUCUCCUCUUCUCCCGUCGCUCCGGUCCGUCUCUUCUCUACCACCUCCUGGCAUUCAAAUACCGUCACCUUCACACCUUUGGCUUUGCCCAGAACCAGGGAGAGGAAACGACGGAACUCGUCUGGAAGUUCGACGUAUCGGCCCACGAACCUACCUUGCUCAUCUUCAAAGAAGACGGUGAAGAAUACGUGGAAAAAAUUCAGUCUUCAAAGAUUGAUACCUCCCUGCUCGAAGAUGCCGUCUCCAGGAACCAGUACCUGUUUGUACCCCGUUUGACGUGCCAGCCGGUGUACGAAGACCUGUGCCCAGAAUCUCCAGGGGUGUAUGGACGAAGAUUCUGCAUCAUCCUCAUCACCAAGAACCCCUUGGUCCACAAGGAGCACCGCGACUUCUUCCGUCAUGUGGCCAAGACCACGGACUCCUUCCCGGCAGACGUGCGGCUGGCCUACCUCUACCAGGAGACCCAGCAGGAGUUUGUGAAGGCGCUGGGCCAGUUGGCCCGCUUUGAUUCCGACGGCUCCAUUCCCGUUGCUGUCCUUUGGAGACAGAAUGGCAGAAAGGUGGCAUAUGAUUGGCUGCCCGAGGGUUGGCAUGGCAAUGAACCGCACAAAGACAAGGCAAGACUGGACUUCUUCCUGCAGCAAAUCGUGGACAAAAAAUUCAAGCUGGGCUUCCAGACAAUUCUACCAGAACUGAAAGAUGAGAAUGCUCCACACUGGAUCUUGCAAUGGGUGUACAGUUUCUGCAACCUGUUUGUAACGGCUGCCUCCUCCUUACAGCAACUUGUGUUCACCGCCUGGAAUGAGUCUUCUAUCGCAGUUCUGGUCGUCCUGGCGUAUCUGUUGGCAUUCCUCUUUGCAUUUGCUGGACUUCGACAUGCAGGUAAAGAAACCAUGGAGCCUGGAUCCGCUGGAAAUAUGUCGCGAGGAAAAGGAUAUGCAUCAGAGGUCAGAGGUCACUCACAACCAGACAGCUCCAAUCUUCGACUGAGGCACAUCCACAUGCGGGAGCUGAACGAGUUAACUUAUGAGAAGUUCUUGGCCAGUGGAAGACAGGGUCAUAUCCUGUUGCUUCUCCUGACAGACGAGGGCAGCAAGGACACGCUGUUUCAGCUCUUUAAGCAGGAAGCACACAUGCACAUAGCGAGUCACCCAUUCCUGAUACCAGCCUUCUUGAUGUUGGACAAGUACAGACGGUGGCUGGGAAGUCUAAGAUCCCACAGUGAGGACCCGCCGCCGUUUGCCACACCCAAUGGCUUAGGCACCAUACUAGCGAUUCGCCCCUCGAAAAGUUUCUACUUUGUCUUCAAGUCCUCGCAAGGUCAAAGGUCAAGGAGGCGACGUGACGAAAUAGACGUAGGCUUUGUUGGUCUCUUGGACAGCUCGGACUCUGAAUCUGAGGAAUAUGCUGAGGCGGUCUCAUUAGAUGGACUAACUAUGUGGUUAGAUCGACUGCUGGAUGGGAGUCUACCAAAGGUCACUGUGACUACAUGGCCAUUGCUAGAAUGAUGAAUUUUUUGGGGAGGGGGCGGGGGUUUAGUCUGUCUUGAGAUUUCACGGUCAUGCACUUUGCAGCAUUGCGACUUUUGCAAAAAACAAUUUUCCCAGGAAAAGCCCAGCCAUAACGGCCUCUUCAGAGCCAAUGUUUGUUCUACUGGCCCUGGAGAAUGCUGAUUUACUUGCCACUCACACUUGUUGCCAACUAUUGACAAGACCCUGCAAACUGUAGCCAAGUUCUGGCUUACUCAUCAGCUACUCUCCCAAGGAAGAUGGCUUUUUGAUCAGCUGCUCUUCGGUAGGUGAGACGGUGGUUGUCAUGGCGAUGUCCUCUCCUCUUGAGAGAACCCUUUGUUUCCUGCUGAUGCUUUUCUCACGCUUUGAUAAUACUGUGGGAUGUACAUGCACUGGAAUUACCUUCCACACCACAAAUACAGGAAUCAGCGCAUGCAGGGAGCGUCUCGGUCCUCUGGAUAUUGUUGCUAAGCAACAACGCAACCACAGUUACAAGUCGUGAAGCUGACAUGGUAUGAUGCUUACACACAGGUCAAAUGAACGUGCUCCAACAUUGCUUCCCCCCAAGAAGGGCUGAACGCACGCCUCCAAGAGUCAAGAAUGCACACAAUGCUUGCAUGAGUGCGCUCAGCAAAUUACGUCACAUUUGUGUCAGCUUGUCUAUUUUGAUUUGUGUGAAUACUGAAAAGUUUGGAUAAGAACUCAAAAAAACUUGUGACGGAGUAGCAGUUUUUGAGAAAUGAGGCGAACUGCUUAAAAUAUAACUAAGAAUCGUAUUUCUGAGGAAGACUUGCUUGCGGAAACAUUUUAAAUGCAUAGAAGUAUUUCGUUUGUUGCAAUAUAUUUAAAUGACAUCUCUAUGGCUGUAUUGAAUGAGAACACGUCCUGUGUACAUUUUGUUUCUUUUUAACUUAUUUCAAAUGUAAAAAGAAGUAUAAUUCCUAAUACACGUAUCAUGAUAUUUAUGGUUCCACAUAUGCAAAUCCCUGUUGUCGACUUUACACAUUCAUUGUCUGGAACAAAUUGUUUAAUGACUCUGAUUUAUUAUUGUAAUUCAUUCUUAGCACGAGAGGUAGACUGAGUGAUUCGAUUUUCAGGGGUUCAACGUUCUUCCAUGAAAACAAGAAACACAGACCUAAAAGUUAAGGAUGAUCCCCAAACCAGUUUUACAUAUAUGUAAAGUAAAUAGUAGUGUUAUAUGUAUGUGUAAGUCAGAAAAAGAAAUUAAAAUCACUGUAAUCAACGGGAUUUUA